AUGUUCUACUUUGCUUAUGAUAGUUAUAUGAAUUUCGCUUAUCCUGCAGAUGAACUAGAUCCCAUCCAUUGCAGAGGUAGAGGACAUGACCAUGAUGAUCCUGGAAAUAUCAACAUCAAUGAUGUGUUGGGUGACUACUCGUUGACGUUAAUCGACUCAUUGGAUACUCUUGUUGUGUUAGGUGAUCAUGCUGAGUUUAAGAGAGCUGUUUCAUUGGUAAUAAAUUCUGUCAGUUUUGAGAGGAACACAACAGUUCAGGUGUUUGAGGCUACAAUAAGAGUCAUCGGGUCACUUCUAUCUGCUCAUCUGAUAGCAUCCGAUAAAUCGCUCUUAUUUGGCAACUUUUCUAUUCCCGACUACGACGGAGAACUGCUAACAUUAGCACAUGAUCUGGUUGCACGUCUUCUUCCGGCGUUUGAAGGCACAAAGACAGGUCUACCAUAUCCUCGGGUCAAUUUAGUAAAUGGCAUACUAGAGGGAACUGUGGAAGAGACGUGUACAUCAGGAGCAGGUUCUUUACUAUUAGAGUUUGGGAUCUUAUCGCGUCUGCUGGGUGAUCAGACCUUCGAACGCACUGCCAGACGCAUAAAUGAAAAACUGUGGCAAUUACGUGAUCCGAACACUGGAUUACCAGGGAAUCUCAUUAACAUUCAAACUGGGGAGUGGGUUGGAUAUCUCAGUGGAGUUGGUGCAGGCCUAGACUCAUUCUACGAGUAUUUUUUGAAAGGCAUUUGCUACUUUCCUCAAUAUAUUUAUUCACGUUUGUUAUGUUUAUUUAAUUUCCUAAACGAAUUUUUAGCCUACAUUUUGUUUGGCGAACCUCGAGAUUUACAACUAUUUAAUGAAGCAUACGGCGCCAUUCUCGCAAAUAUGCGUCGAGGAAGAGCUUCAUGUAACUCCAAUGAUGGCGAGCCACCACUUUUUGUAAAUGUUGAUUCACGGGAUGGUAGCAUUGCUAAUACAUGGAUUGAUUCAUUGCAAGCAAGCUUUGCUGGUCUAUUAGUGCUAGCUGGUCAACUUGAAGAGGCGAUCUGUCAGCACGCAUUUUACUACGCUGUAUGGAGUAAGUACGGUGUUCUUCCCGAAAGAUUCAACUGGCACCUUAAAAGUCCAGAUGUGAAUUUUUAUCCACUACGCCCUGAGUUUGUUGAGUCAACGUACUACUUAUACCGCGCUACCAAAAACCCAUUUUACUUGAAUGUUGGACGAGAAAUACUUGACUCUCUUAAUAGCAAAACUAGGGUACAAUGUGGUUUUGCCACUGUUCACAACGUUGUCGAUGGUACCUUGGAAGAUCGUAUGGAGUCUUUCUUUUUAGCAGAAACAAUGAAGUACUUGUAUCUGUUGUUCGACGAAGAUAACCCCGUUAAUAUACAUCAGGAACGACUCCUUUUCACUACCGAAGGCCAUAUUAUACCUGUCCUGCAAAAGUUUAGGUUACUACUUCUGUUUUUUCUUGUCUUUUAUAUCAUUUAA